UUUUCGAUUGGGUUGAAAGUAUUGUUCGAUCCAUUUGGAUGGCGAAUUUGUAUGUGAGGGCUGCUCCAACGACGGAUCUGAAUCGGAAUACUGAGUGGUUCACGUAUCCUGGAGUUUGGACUAUUUACAUUUUCAUUCUGUUGUUCUCAUGGCUAGUUGUGCUGUCUGUUUUUGGGUCCUCAUCAGGCAUGGCCUGGACUAUGGUCAAUCUUGCUCAUUUCCUUGUCACAUAUCACUGUUUUCACUGGAAGAAGGGAACACCAUUUGCUGAAGACCAGGGUAUCUACAACAGAUUGACAUGGUGGGAGCAAAUGGAUAAUGGCAAGCAGCUUACUCCCAAUAGGAAGUUUCUGACAGUUGUUCCUGUGGUGCUGUACUUGAUAGCUUCUCAUACAACUGACUAUCAACACCCAAUGCUGUUCUUCAACACAUUCGCGGUUUUCAUACUGGUGGUUGCUAAAUUUCCCAACAUGCACAAGGUUCGAAUUUUCGGGAUCAAUGCAGAUCAAUGAACUUCUACAUUCAAUUUGAAAAUUUUAGUUCAACUUUACUCAGCUGUAGUAUUUGAUUGGUUUAACAAUUUUGAGUAAACAGGGAACUCCUGUACAAAUGCAACAACUUCAAAGGGUGAAAUUAUAUAUUGUAAAAAAUUAAGAGUUGAGAACAAUA